UCUUUUCUGUUUCGUUUCCGCUCCGUGCCGUGAGAGACGGUUCCCCUCCACGCUCCUCCCCUGACCAGCGGUGGGGGUGUCAUAGCGAUCCAAUGAGGCGCCUCCGGGCCUCUCCGAACAUGUGUCCCCUGGAGGCUAAUUAGGUUUAGGGCACUCAUGUUACCGCUUGCCUUCUUGUGCCAAGGGGGGGGAUAGAAGACAGAAGGGGAGUUUGUGUGGUUGGAGGAUGGCCCGGGGAGGGGAGGGGGUAGAGACCUUGAGAAGCAGCAGCUUUUAAGUUUCGGGGACGACGCUGAAGAUUGUUGAUUUUUUUUUCUGUCCAGUGAGGAAGACAUCGCAAGGACGUUCUUUGCAUGAAAAGUGAAAUCAAGGGGGAAGUUUGGAGGUGAGGUAGAUAAGGGUUAGGGUUAGAGGGAGGUGCGGCUGAGGUUAGAGUAGGAAAUAUGACAGCACUUGAACAUUGGCCCAGACGUGGAGCGCUCGGCGAUGUCUUCCCCAGCUGAAAUGAGAGAAGGAAAGCAAGCAGCAAUGGGUCAAGGGAUGUCCUUUCUGAUCGUCCUGCUCUGCUUUGCCACCCUGCUGUUCACCGUCACCUGGUACAUGAUUGAUGACGGAAGUCCGGUGGGUGCUUACAAACCACCACGUCAGAAGAAAAGUCCGCCUAAGCCCUCCGCGCUUUGUAAAGGCUGCAAGGAACUGAUUGAUAAUGUGUUGAAGCGUCACUCUACAAUCUGGAAGAAGAACGAGACCAACUACCGAGCGUUUACCUCCAGGCUGAGCAGAUCAUGUCGAGGCUACGAGAUGGCCAUCGUCACGCAGGCAAACAUGCCUGUCGGAACCAAGAUUCAAUACGAUGGCGAAAAAAACAAAAUCCUGCAGGUGACGCCAAGCAUCUUUAAGACCUUCGUAAAGGAGCAUCCGUUCGCCAACAGGUCAUUCGACACGUGCGCCGUGGUGGGCAACGGAGGCGUCUUGAUGGACAGUGGCUGUGGGAAAACCAUCGACUCGGCCCAGUACGUGAUGCGGUGCAAUCUACCGCCUUUGAACGAUGAAUACAGCCAACACGUGGGUGUCAAGACUGACCUCGUCACGGCCAACCCGAGCAUCCUGAAAGAAAAGUACGAUUCUCUGGUGGGACGACGGCGGAGUUUUGCGGAGAGACUCCAGUACUACGGCAAGGCCUUGAUCCUCCUUCCCGCCUUCUCCUUCAGUGGCAACACAGGUCUGUCAUUGAGGGCGGCCUACACCAUGGACGACUUUGACAGCAACACUCAGGCCGUCUUCUUCAACCCGGAAUAUCUACGGAACCUAUCCAGCUUCUGGAACAGCAACGGCCUCAAGUCCCGCCGGCUCAGCACGGGCAUCAUGAUGGCCAGCUUGGCUCUGGAAGCCUGCUCCAACGUGCACCUGUACGGCUUCUGGCCCUUCAGCAACCACCCGCAUGGCCUUUACACACUGACUAAUCAUUACUACGACGACAAGAAGGUCAACGCCAAGUUCCACGCCAUGCCCGUUGAGUUUGAAAUGCUGCUGAAGCUGCACAGCCAGGGCGUCCUCAAGCUUCACCUCGGGGAUUGUCCAACCGAUAAAAAGCCGUGACUCAUUUGCACUGGAGAAAACACUGAAGACUUUUCAAAUUGGAAGGAUGAGCUACUGUUUUUAAAAGCCACAUUGAGGCAUUUGAAGGAUCUCACAAAGUGCAAUUAGAUUGUUUUUUUUUUUUCAAAAGGAACGAGAAUUCUGUCAUCCCUUCAUGGAAAGAGUCUUCCAGAUCUUCUCAUCCAGGAAUUGUCAGAUGCUCGUUGUUUUUUUUAAUGCAGAUUUUACUCAAUUGACUUGGGGGACACAACUGUGAAUUGAGCAUUUUGGGUGAGAAUUACCGUUUUUUUUCAUGUAUAAUGCACCCCCAUGUAUAAUACGCACCCUAAAUAUGGCAUGUCUAUGCUGGAAAAAAGCCUGUACCCAUGUAUAAUACGCACCCAAAUUUUGACUCCUACUUAAAUCCGUAAAUGUAAAAUUAUUUCAGAAAAAAUAUCAUCUUUGGGAACAACCGGAUGUUAUUCUGCCGGUUAGUAUCACUGCGCAUGCGCUAGCAAACUCGAUAGCGAAGAAAUAUUUCGGAUUUGUGUAAGGUACAUUGUGACAGCAAACGAGCAGGUGAUCGAGCAAGCGUCUGAUACCAGAGCAUUGUGUUCGUAUGGAGCGUGUUUGAAGUGAACAGCAGAGAAGAAAGCGCAUCUGUAAUGGCGGCCUCUGUAUCAUAUCCGGAUUUAAAAAAAAAAUAAGAAAAAAAAAAUAUAUAUAUUUUUUUCUUUUUGUACCCAUGUAUAAUGCGCACCCCAGAUUUUAGCACAAUAAAUUAGUUAAAUUUUGCGCAUUAUACAUGGAAAAAAACGGUAGGGGCUUUUAUUGUUCUUUCGGAUGGUUCCUAUCAUUUGCUCACAUUGGUUGUUGUUCAUGUUGAACCCGCACAGACUGGAGGUACUUGUUGGGAACAUUAAUAAGCCAGAAAUGAGCCAAAGCGCUGUUCAGUGCUGACGCAUAAGAAGCAAACGUUUGCUAGAUGCACUGAGAAGAAGACAUUGUUUUUUUGAAGGCAACUUCCUUGGAGGUUAACAUGUUAUUGCCUGAUUAGCAUCAGAAUAAAAAUAUAUCAAUGUUGAAAAUAAAAGCUUUGCUGUUAACUGUUUAUAGUAUCGGCAAAUAAAACUCUAGCAAAAAAAGAACAAAA